GUAACCCCCAGCGAAACUAAGCGAUGGGGGUGACUAUCAAGCCUAUUUCUAAACAGGCUUCUUCGCAGUGGAUUUCUCACUCUACAUCUCACCCAUCCUCCACGACAUCGUGAAAACAGGGCUUUCUUGGGACCCUCCUAUCGCGAGACCCUACACCAGCACAGCAACCCCCUCACAUGCUGACUGACUGCGGCAUUAUUCUCUCGCACGAACAUCACGUGUGUUCUAUUAUUCAUCCGUGAACCACAUUUGACGCUCGGAGUGGCUUCGAAGUCCGGUAUGGCGAUACCAUCGACAGCUGACUCAUUGAAGCAAGUCCAAGAACAUACCCCAACGCAGACCACAGAAGGGUCCAUGACCCCACAUACUCCAUCAAACGACCCGUCAACGCCUUCAAGCUCCAGGCCAGCUACUCGACAAGGAUCGCCAGAUUCUGCGUUUGACGAGCCCUUAACCCAACUGUCCCAGCAAGUUACGUCUUUUUUCGGCUCUGUUAGCUCUGGGGGAUUCCCAGACCCGCAACCAGAGAAAAAGGCACAGCCAUGGAAAAGAGUUUGGCGACCUGGACCUCAGGCCCCUUCCGAAGAUGGAAAGCUUAUAGUUGCUUGUCCAAAGAUUUGCGUUUAUGGGAGCAAUAACCUCGGUGGGCUUUAAAGAAGGGAGCCUCAGCGAAGACUGGAGGUUGAAGGGUACAUCAAUCAAGAGGGGGAGUAUGGAUCCAUGUGGGAGGGUUUGCA